CGAUAGGCUGCUCGUCAUGAUGGGCAGCUAAAUGGGCCAAUGGCCGGGCAAGGCGGGGUGGCCGGCUCUCCCCGAGGCGCGGUUGCAGUGGGCUGCGGAGUGGAGCUCCAGAGUGCCACCAUGUUCCAGGGCACUGAGGCUGAGCCGGCCAAGCCUAGCUCCAGAGUAUUGAAGCCCCCAGGGGGAGACUCUAGUAAUCUUUUUGGGAGUACAGAAGAAGUGUCUUCUUCAAGCAGGCCACACCGAAUGGCAUCCAAUAUCUUUGGAGCAUCAGAACAACCUCAGAACAUUCCAAAAAGAACAAACCCUCCAGGAGGAAAAGAAAGUGGCAUUUUUGAGGAUUCUAGUUCUACUCAGCCUCGUCUACGCAUGAAUCCACCUGGUGGGAAGACAAGUGAUAUCUUUGGGUCUCCUGUCUCUCCUAGCAUUGUGCGAGCACACCCGAACAAACCCAAGGAUCACAUUGUCUUGAAAGAAGAGGAAAUACCAAAGAAGCUAGAAGCUACAGAAAAUAUCAAACCACACCUGGAAGACAGAGGCGAGAAAAAAGCUCUGGGCAAAGAGGAGCGAUGGAAGGAGCCAGAACCUAAGAUAGACAAUCAUGAACCCCGACUAGGGCCAAGGCCACGCUCACACAACAAAGUUCUCAAUCCACCAGGGGGGAAAUCCAGCAUUGCAUUCUAUUAGGGUUAUUGUGUCACUGUCACUAAUGGAGAAACUGUUGUCUAUGGUGGUGAGGUCAGUUUAUACACUAUUGCUUGUGAAUAGAUUCUUAGGCAGAUGGAUGAGGGUUAUGUUAGAGUAUGUAGGAAGUAUAACCGGUUGAUUUGGGGAGGACAUGCUGGGGAGGGAAUGGGUGCCUUGUGGAAGAUGUGAGUAUUGGCCUGCCUGGAUGGGUGGCAGAGCACAAUGUUAGUGUAACUUUGUGAAAAAUCAGUGCUACUUAGUGGUGAGUUCCUCACACUUCUAGGUUCUUAGCUAACUUGUGGUUCAGCAUGCUCUUGUGGAAUCAGGCUUAUCCAUUCAGCCAACAUAUCAAACACUGUGAAUGGGAAGAGGCCUGGAAGUCACACCUGAAGAUUAUGAAGUACAGCAGGUAGUCUGGGCUUUCCCCUAGGCAGUGGGAUGCAGCUUCACAGCAUGCGCUGACUUGCAGUCAUGUGACUAUAAAUACCUUCCACUGGAACGAGUAGUGCUGCCAUGGUUAAGAGUGUCUUCAGUGAUUGCUUCUUUUUCUCCUUUCUUGCUUGCAGCACAUGAUUGCUGAUACAAGGACAAAAUAAGCUGAAAGUUUCUUUUUACUCAUAAACCAUCCUAUGUUUGUAAAGAUUGUGGUCUUCCCCUCCCCAGGUAUUCAGGUCUUUUGGAUGCCUUUAGUAAUUUGCAGAUUACUGUGACUGGCUCUUCACAUGUGACAGUCCAACAUGCUGUUUCAUGUAGGUGCUUCUAGUUUAGUGCUUGUAUGUUUUCUGGUAAAGAUGUGGGUGCAAACAAUAGCUUUAUGGUACUCUUUGAACAGAGGCAAUGUGGAAGUUUACAGUUACCAUGGAGAAUAUACUGAGCUAUCAGCCAGGUCACUCUGACCCAGCCUCUGUAGAAAGGGCUUAUCUUCAGCACUGGCGUUCACUUAGCUCCCCAUGAAAAUCAGGACUGUUCUCCUAUCUCUACCACAGUUAAUUUCCUCUUGGUUUUACCUGUGCUGAGUCUGUUAGUGAAUUCUCCUGUCUUUCAUCAGCCUUACCUUUGCCUUUGACUGUCUCCUGUUGACUUUUGUUGGUAAGGUUGGGAGAAUUAUGCAAGUUCUCCCCAGCCUAGAGCAGUAAUUGAUUUUGCUGUAGAUUACCUUAGUUGGAAAAACAAAGCCAGCACAAACAGAAGGUUUGUAUUACUAAAAUCUAUCUUACUAAAAUCUAUCGUAAAUCAUGUUUGGAAGAUGUGAAUGUUUGCACAGAUGUUUUUGGGAGAGGGUUUGUUCUCUGAAUGGAUUUUAUGAUCAUAUCCAGAGCUCUGAGAUAUAUAUAUAUAUAUAUCUGUUAACUGUAGGUGCUCAAUAUUAAAUAUCUUGAAUACAGACCUUUUAAAUCUGACAUAUCAAAACAGGAGUUGUUCAGGUACACAAAAGAACAAGUGGCCUUAUUGUGUAUAUCCACUGCUGUUCUAGCCCAUGUUCCCUGGGAACUGCUGCUAUUGAGACAGGGUGCUGAGCCAGGUGCUAAACUUCUCUGUGAUUUUAAUGCUUCGUAGGCCAUGCAGUUCCCUUGUAUCAGCAGCAGUGGGUGACUGCUUUAAGACUUAGUUGCCUUUUCAAAUAGUGAAACAUAUGGGGCAGUGCUAGGAGAGAAACAGCCAUUGCAAGUAGGGAUUUAAAUGCCUUUGUAUCUUUCAGAUUGGUUUGGAGCUGCCUAUUAAUUUUCCUCCCAGGAAAACAGGGCAGUAGUUCAAACUGCAACCCUGGAAUGAACUUAAGUUACUUCCAAAACUUAUUUCUUAGCAGCUCUUCCUGAGUCUGUGCUCUCCAGCCUCUGGCUCAGUCUCGGACAUAUUAGCCAUUCCAGUUCCUUGUUCCAGUACUUGACAGGAAGCUGUCAUGUAGAAAAGUCAGCCAGAGGCUGCUUCCUACAUUUCAGGCUCUGGUAGCGGAUGUUACCUGCAAUACCAAGCAUUUGGCAUCUUUUAGUACCUGUUGUACAUUGGCUUUAGUGCCUGUCUUUUAAAAGCAACUUCUAACUAGGCCUUAAAUUAGUUAAACUAUGUUAAUUUUCUUGCAUUUCUUUCUUUGGGAUCUAAGCAGUGUUUUCAACUCUUCAGGUAAGAUUGAUCUGAGCAUUUCUCUGGGACAUAAGGGGAUUGGAAAUCAAAUGACAGAACAUGCAGUUAUCAAUAAAUCUCUGUAUUUUGUUACUUCAUUCUGUGCUGUAGAUGCCUGAUUUUAUAAAUUGGUCAGUACUCUGUUUCACCAUAGUUACACUGAUGAAUUUUAUGGUCUGAAAUGGGAAAAAAUGCACAUAUAUUUUCAGGCCUUCUGUACAUGGGACUGUACUCAGGAGCUGUGACAUCCUGCUCAAGGCUUCCUGUGAGACAGACACCUCUUAUCUGUGAUGGUGUAGGACAGUAGCAAGAGAUCAGCUUAAUGCCUUUCUGUGGACUACAUUCCAUGAUACUACACUGGGGUUCUGUUAUGUUCUUCAGCAAUAUUGUAAAUAGAAUUAAAUAUUCAAAUAUUUUAAAUAUUUCAGGCUAUUUGCAGAAAAACAUAGUAAUUCUCCUUGAGCAGGGCAUAUUCUUUAUGUGAAGUCACGCCCUUAUUUGUAUGUUUCUAGUGAGUGCAUAAAACACCUUUCAUGUGCCAGACUGCAUUGGCUGACAGAGAAGGGUACUGCAACUACUGACAUUGCAGUUCUAGGCGAUCUGGACACAGUGACCUCUCAGCCAGGUUGUUGUGUGUCUGGCAUUCAUCCCUGAACUUCCAGGCUGUGAUGCUCUCAGAGCCUCUCAGCCAGCCCUCACUCCUACAGUGACUUCUGUGUUUGGCCAUUUACAAUUCAGAACUCUCCUCUGAAGCAUGUACAGUUUGGGUAGGAUCUGCAUAAUGUGGGAAUGUGGCAAUGUCCUUGAUAGCCCAUCAGCAAUGAAGGACUGUCUUUCCUUUGAGCUGCAGCCUCCAGUAGACUGCAGUAUACCUCCACUUUGCAACUGUGUGUGUUACCUCAUUGCUUUCCCCAGAGCUGCCGGUUUGUAGCUAAACACUUGGGAUAGAAUGUUUUCUGAGUUGCUGUUUCAGUCUGGGAAGGAAAAUGAUGGUGUCCAUAGUGAGCUUAGCCUAGGAAGUGGUUAAAGGAGGACUUGCAUACUUUCAUGAGUCAUAUGUGGUUCUAGGCAUAUCUGGUGCUUAGUCCCUAAACAUGUCACUGUGCCUGUCCUGUACAAGACCUCACGGCUCUAGUGAACAGCCCAGCUGCAGUGUGUCAUCCUUCCUGAUACCCAUGUGUGCCAGUUAAGCCAGAUCAUGCAUGUUUUUCCCUGUGAAGACUGCUGGCUACUGUGCCAAACCUUUAAAGCAAGCACUGUCCGAUACUGUUGCAUCACUGCAUCACACCCUGCAUUGCAAUUUCAAUGAGGAAGAUUAAUGUCCUCUGUUGGUGUUUUAAGCAGCAUUACUGUGAGUUUUUAAGCACUAAAUGAGUUACUGCUGUAGUAUGUUCCCUGGAAGGUUGUCAGAGUUGCUUAUGAUCAAUAUGAUCACCACGUUAAUGGUGUGUGGAUGUCCAAGAGUCCUGGCUACCUGGGUGAUUCUGUGAUAGAGGUGAUCACCCAGUGAUUUUUCCAAGCCCCUGAUGUGUCUCUUGUUGAAUUUCAGCUUGAAGCUCUGCUGAAACCAUGUAUCGCCUCCCUUUGAAAAAGGUGAUGGAUUGUCAUGGAGGCUGGAAUUUUCCAUUGUUUCUGAAGGAGCAAAGAUAGGUCACGGUAUCCUGGCUGUGGGGAGACUUGGUCAUAUGUAAGCUUUUUCUGUCAUUACUGGUUAUCAGCUGUGCAAGAAGUGGACUGGGUAAUAAUUCAUUGCUGGCCAAAAACUGAUGCCCAGAAGUCUCCCAGCAGGCAAAGCUGGCUGCCUAGGCUGUUCCCACUUGAACACAGUUGGUGAGCAGGAAGAGGCAGAUUUAAAUUACUGGACUAAAUUAGCAGCCCUGAUUAUUGUUGUAGUUUUAUCUUGCUUCUGGGAAUAAAGACAGUCUUAUCUUGAA